AUGUCAGAACCAACGGUGGAACUCACCAGCAAGCCCUUCGCAGUCCAGUUGUCCAAUGUCUACCUCAGCAUCUUGGCUCUGUUCUGCUUCAAGCUCUUUGUGAAGAUCUCCCUCAACUUGCUGACGUACUUCUACAUAGUCCGGGGAAACCGUAAAGAAGCUGCCCGGAUAUCAGCAGAGUUCUACGAUUAUGGUCCGCAGCACGGAUCCUGGGCAGACCGCUCACCCCUCCACGAUGCUGCCAGCCAGGGCCGCCUCCUGGCCCUGAGGACCCUCAUUUUACAGGGUCACAGUGUGAAUGUUCUGACCAUAGACCACGUGACACCCCUUCACGAGGCUUGUCUUGCAGACCAUGUUGCCUGUGCUAGAGCUCUCAUCGAUGCAGGAGCUAAUGUCAACGUUUCUACAGUUGAUGGAGUCACCCCUCUGUUCAAUGCCUGUACAGUGGGCGGUGUGGCGUGCACUGAAAUUCUUUUGGAAAAUGGAGCAAAACCUCAGAGCCUCGUGUACCAACCUUCACCGAUACACGUGGCGACCAGCAAAGGUCAUUACGGUUGCGUGGAGGCCCUGGUGACUUGGGGGGCCGAUGUGGACACGGACAUUCCUCACCUGGGCACGGCGCUCUACACCGCCUGCGUCUGCCAAGAGCUGGAGUGUGCCAGGAAGCUCCUGAGGGAAGGUGCAAAUGUACAGAAAGGCAGAUCCCUGGAUUCACCUUUACAUGCAGCAGCAGAGAAAGACUGCACAGCUGUCGUAAAGCUGCUGCUGGAUUUCGGUGCAGACGUUAACGCCAGAAACACGGAGUUCCAGAGGCCGGUAGAUGUGGCUCCACCCAGCAGUCUAACAGAGGGCUUCCUGCUGCUUUACGAAGCUACACCACGCCUCCUGAGCCAGCUGUGUCGUCAGUGCAUCAGGAAGUGUGUCGGCCGUGACAGACUCCACCUGCUGUCCCACCUUCACCUCCCCAACAGGCUCAAGAGCUACCUGCAGUACCAGUGAUGUGCAGAACCAACGAACCGUGUGCCUCAGCGGGACUUUAA